GCAUCAAUAUUCGGCCACCGGUGAUCCGGCAACGGACAUGGACAAAAUCAGAUUCCGUUUGAAUUCAUUUGUCGUAUGAUCAUCCGAUUCAUCCUUAAAAAGAACACUCAUAAGCAUCCCCUGCUUGGCGUAAUCCACACGAGACCCUGGUAACUGCUGAGUUACUAGGUUUCGUUCUGAUCCCAUCCGUCGAACACAUUCCGUACCGACCAGAUAUUUGCAGCUGUUUCCUUCAGUUGGCAAUAACUGCAUUAUAAGGCGAAGGUGUCGACGGAGAAGUCGACGGAGAAGCGUCGAGAAACUAUUAUAGCGAGGAUCAAUCUUCCGUGGAGGAAAGGAAGAAAACCAACAGAAGCGAGAGAACGAACUGCAUGACAUCAUGAGACGAUCGCGGAAAAAGCAAACCGCAGCGACGGUAUCCAGAGAAGAGACAGGACCUCCUCCCGUCGUUCCACAAGUUAGGAGACAGCAGCCUCCACCGGAAGUUUUGCAGCAGCAACGGAAAAAACACCAAGACGAAAUAACCAACUUGACCACGAAGAACUAUCGCUUAGCAAAGGAAUUGGUAGGUUUUCCUCUGAAUUGCAAACAAUCGAAUUCCCAGACGGAGGAGUGUGGCUCCGGUGCAGAACAUAGCUGGGCGACCUUAUCCAUUUACCACCUUUGUAUCAGCGAAUAUGUGCUCACGAUUCAUAUCUCUUUCCUCUUUUAUGUUCUGUGAAACAAUUUCACAUGACUUCAAAACGGGUCGGUCAUCAAGGCUGAUCUUCGUCUUAAGCAUCGAGACGAAUGCAAAAAUGUGACGAGGCUAACGAUGGAAAAUGUAAGUCACCGAAAGCGGGGGAAAUCGGUAUGGAAACCUAUAAUCAUUUCUUGUUUCUAUUUAUUACCUGAUCAUGGCAUUUUUUAAUCGUUUCUAAUCCGUAUUUCGUUCUUGGUAGAUGAACCUGGCAUCCAGAUGUCGAGAGGCAAUAAGUCACGUGGCCAUGCUUAAGAAAGAGCUUGCCAUGCAACAAAAGAGAACCUCCCAAGCGUUGGCAUCACAACGCGAGCAAACGAGACGAAUGACCGAUAGUCUUACGAAUAGUUUUAUUACGUUCAGUUCCCCUGAGUCUGCUGAUCGAAAAUCACAACAGAACAACAGCAUCGAAAAGAGCAAGAGCCAGCGCGUCGGUCAAGACGAGGAUGACAACAUGAUGAGACUAGUGUCAAGUACGCCCUCGCCCGAUCGAGUUGAUCUUCGUCAACGAAACAACAAUAAUGUUGAGAAACACAAGGAAAAUGUUAAGUCUACGACAAUUACCACCAGACCAUCGAGUCCAACAAAAGAAAUCAGAGAUUCGCCUGCAACAACAGCUACGAACAGUCCGUACAGCGAUUCCGCAGACAGUGAUUCGACACCAGGCAGAAAUUCUGAAGACGAAAACGACAAAGAUGAGAAGAAAGAACUUUACUCAACUCCAAAAAAGAGCCUGAGAUCGCAAUCCCCCGCAUUUCAAGGUGUACCAGUCGACGAUGAUCCCAUCUUCCCAUUUUCUGCCUCCCCACAUGCCUUCAGCAAAUCGAACUCGAAUCGUGGAAGUAGUUCAUACGAUGAAGAAUUUCCCCCUGACACUAUCGAACAACCCGAAAGUAGUGGGAAUGCGAAAUAUGCCAAACCUGAUAGAAAGCUUAGUCUGAUGAACAGCAUCGAUGCGUUUGAGCAAUCCUUUUCAACUGAUUUCCCUGACUCGUUCACUCCAAAAGAAAGCAACAGUGUAUCGCCGCCAUCAGAAUCUGUGCAAAACAUUUACAACCCGUUCUUUGCAACGCCCGAGAAGAAAACGGGAAAAAAGAAUUCCUUCGUGUACAGCACGCCAGAAGAAGGGAAGAGAAACCUGAAGCCUACGGCCGACAUCGGAAUUGAGUGCGCGGAAAAUGUACCGAUGACUGUUUCCGGCAACACAAGUAGUGGUGAACCGCUACCGAAAAGGCCCGAAAAGGUAACUCCCUCAGCGGCACGUGCGAGAUAUGAAAAGGCAUUGCACCCUCGGAUUGACACCACCAAUUCGAGUAUGAAUGGCGCAAUCAAAGACAUCGAAAAGGGAUCUUCUUCUGAAACCAAUAAAAACCCGACAGCCCUCGUUCGAAGGAUACAGCAAAAGAAACGAUUGGACAUGAACUUGGAAUCUAUGUCGAAGGGCAACGGUCCAGUGGUAGAAUCUCCGACAAGAAAAUCAAUCAUAGAUAUUGUUGAUACUUUCGAACACAGUGUGAUCGAGGACGUCGACAGCGGCAAAGAUCAGAAAUCACCAUCUCGUUUUCAAGGACCUAUUCGAAGCUUGAGGCGCCGAAGUGUGAAGCAGCCUAUUUCCUACGCGGAACCGGCACUGAAUACAAAACUAAGACGUGGUGACACUUUCUUUCCCAAGACUGGUCCUGAAGUGACAGACGGUGGCGCCAAAACUGACAGCCAACGCAAAGCAAUGAGUGGCGUCACAUCCGCAGCAAUCGUUUCUCCAUAGGAAGAUUAUCACAAGAGUAUUUAUUCCAUCGAUUACCGAUCACCUAUACGACGAAGCCAAACUUUCCGUCACUUGAUGACGCGAUAAUUCUCCCAUCCUAAUUACUUUUCGUUCUGGCUAGUUGCAUUUACUCUGAAUAGCUUUGAAAGAGACCUAGUCGGUCCUAAUCGUAUAACGAUGCAGACUAUCUUCUACUGUGUGAAUUAGAAAUAAUGCAACGUCAUUUUGGAAUCUUUUACUUUGAUUGGUUCUACACGCAACCCGAAAAUUCCAAGAAGUAGGAUAGUGUCGAUGUUGUAUUAUUUGAUUCACUACUCGAGACUCUAAUAUACCCUUCAAUGCUGG